AUGAAGUACAUCCACUCUGAGGAAGAGCUCGAGAUCCCCGAGGGCGUCAAGGUCCAGAUCAAGAACAGAAAUGUUCUCGUUGAGGGCCCUCGCGGCAAGCUCACAAAGUCUCUCGGUCACUUGGCGGUCAGCUUCACGCACCCUAAGAAGAAUCUCAUCAAGAUCGAGCUCCACCACGGUUCCCGCAAGAGCGUCGCCACCCUCCGCACUGUCCGCACCCUGAUUAACAACUUGAUCAUCGGUGUCACCAAGGGUUACAAGUACAAGAUGCGUUACGUAUAUGCCCAUUUCCCCAUCAACGUCAACCUGGACAAGAACAAGGAGACCGACUGCUGGGAGGUUGAGAUCAGGAACUUCAUCGGCGAGAAGCUCGUACGAAGGGUCGUCAUGAGGCCCGGUGUUGAGGUUGAGGCAUCAAAGAACCAGAAGGAUCAGCUCGAGCUGUCCGGAAACUCGCUCGAGGACGUCUCCCAAGGUGCCGCCGAUAUUCAGCAAAUCUGCAAGGUCCGCAACAAGGAUAUCCGAAAGUUCUUGGACGGUCUGUACGUGUCGGAGCGCGGCAACAUCGUUGAGGACGCGUAA